AUGAAUGGUUUGUUCAAAGGUGCACUAGGAAUCAAUGAGAAGGGUAUUAAGAAAAUUCUUGCCUGUUAUGAGUCUGGCAAAUCACAUCUUGAAGCAAUACUAAGGCAAGAUAUUCUUAAAACAGAACCUCGAGUAACUUCUAAAUGCAGUGCUCGAGAUGUAGACUAUUAUAUAUACGCUAAACUUGAAAAAAUGAGAAAAGAAAAAAAGAAAACUAGUAAAAUAAUUAUUCAGGAGGAAACCUUAUAUUCUUUACUAAAUAAUCCUCUAGAAAUACAACAACAUUCUCUUGAAACUUUACUCCCUAUGCAAGUGGAAGAUAAUGAGAGACCAAGAUGUCGAAUAACUACAGAGGCAGAAAAAAAUGUACUUUCCCCGUUAUUUAAAAAUAUCUCAUCUCUGCUAAUUUCUGAAGUUAUUAGAGUAUUUGAAGUACUUAAUAUGAUCUCUCCAUAUAGUUGGACAGUUGAUAGAAUCAGGAUAUAUUGGAGAAAUAAUCGAAACAGAAGGUAA